UGAACGGUAAUCGGACUACUGUGGUGGAUUUCAAGAAAAACAAUGAGCACUGUAGCGUAAUGCUUGGGUACAUUGCUUUAAUACAAUUGAGAUACGGUGACUGAUGAACAUUAAGACAGGCAAGUCGGAUUUGAGUUCAAUGGGAAUGUGACUGACAGAUCCAGCUCUACCACUGAGAAGGAAGAAAAGGACUAUAAAAGGAGAACAGCAAAACACAUUUGGACUGUCCAAAUUAUCAGCAUAAAGAGUUUGAACAACUUUUUUCUCAGUGUUACUAUGCCAUUAUUUUUGGAGUCAAUUCUGAGCUUCCAAACACAUACUGUUGAAAAUACUCCACAUUUCUGAGACACAUACACAUGAAUAGCUCACAUGAAUCAGAGGACUAUAUACUUGCAGACUUGUUUGGAUGUAAAAUGCUAAAAAACAUACAACCACUUCAGUUCAGGAAAGCCGCUUAAAAGAUUUCUGAACAUGCAAAAACAAUAUAAGAAAGUUACAGGUUGAACAUUGAUUAAAGGAUAAAUAAAAAGGUUUCACCAAGGGAAAAGAUCAUUUACCUUCAGAAGUUGAAACUGACAAAUUCUGAAUCACAGGUUUGUACCUUUUGGAGUGGAUAUAUGAUUCAUUUAUUAAUAUAAAUGCUAAUUCCUCCUUUUUUGGGGAGAGUUGUCUUGUAAAUAUAUAAUUUUUGUACGCCAGGCUCUUCUUUUCAAGUGGUCUGUACGUAAAAAGGUUGUAAUUAAGUCCUAAAUACAAUUUUUCAGGGUAUUCAGGUUUUGGAACAUUUCCACUCAAGGGCAUUAGUUUCAAUGUAAAAAACAAAACAAGCAACAAAAAAAAAAAACUGAAUUCAACCAAACAACAUUUUGAAAGAUUUAUACUGAGUGAAGACAUUUUUGAUUUAUACUGAGUGAAGAAAUUGGAACAUAUUUGAGAAAGAGAGAAACUCAUUUAGCCAUGGCUACUGCAAAAACAGAGAAUCCAAUGUCAAUUAUGGGACUAAACAAGACCAAUGGGCAGCUCAGAGGACCACCCAAGCCUGUUGGACUUAUGUCAGGACCUCUGGCAACUGCCCCACAACCACAGGCCUCUCAGAAGGGAGGUAGCAUUCCCCAGGGUAGUGGCGGCAUCAAGUUUGGUGAUGAUUGGAAGAAGAGCUUGCAGCUUCCAGCUAAAGACUGCAGAGUUAGAACUUCAGAUGUGACAUCGACCAAGGGGAAUGAGUUUGAGGACUACUGCUUGAAGCGGGAGCUACUGAUGGGGAUUUUUGAGAUGGGCUGGGAGAAACCCUCUCCAAUUCAGGAGGAAAGCAUCCCCAUUGCUCUGUCUGGCAGAGAUAUUCUGGCUCGGGCUAAGAAUGGCACUGGGAAAAGUGGAGCUUACCUCAUUCCUCUCCUGGAGAGGAUUGACCUGAAGAAGGACCACAUACAGGCCCUGGUGAUGGUUCCUACACGGGAGUUGGCCCUUCAGGUCAGCCAGAUUAGCAUCCAGUUGAGCAAACAUCUGGGUGGGGUCAAGGUCAUGGCCACCACAGGAGGCACCAACCUGAGGGAUGACAUCAUGCGUCUGGACGAAACUGUGCAUGUGGUGAUAGCCACACCAGGCAGGAUCUUGGACCUGAUAAAAAAGGGUGUGGCCAAAGUUGAUAAAGUCCAGAUGAUGGUGAUGGAUGAGGCUGACAAGCUGCUUUCUCAGGACUUUGUGGUCCUCAUCGAAGACAUCAUCAGUUUCCUGGCCAAGGGUCGUCAGAUUCUGCUUUACUCUGCCACCUUCCCCAUCAGUGUGCAGAAAUUCAUGGCGAAGCACCUUUCGAAGCCCUAUGAGAUCAACCUGAUGGACGAACUGACUCUGAAAGGCAUCACCCAGUAUUACGCCUACGUCACUGAGAGGCAGAAAGUCCACUGUCUCAACACACUCUUCUCCAGACUCCAGAUUAAUCAGUCCAUCAUCUUCUGUAACUCCACCCAGAGGGUGGAGCUACUGGCCAAGAAGAUCACCCAGCUAGGCUACUCCUGCUUCUACAUCCAUGCCAAGAUGAUGCAGGAGUACAGGAACCGUGUUUUCCAUGAUUUCAGAAAUGGACUCUGCAGGAACUUGGUCUGCACAGAUCUGUUCACCAGAGGAAUUGAUAUCCAAGCUGUGAACGUGGUCAUCAAUUUUGAUUUCCCCAAGAACGCUGAGACAUACCUACAUCGCAUUGGCAGAUCAGGGCGGUUUGGUCACCUGGGUCUGGCCAUAAACCUGAUAACCUCUGAGGACCGCUUCAACCUGAAGUCAAUCGAGGACCAGCUUGUGACCGACAUCAAGCCCAUCCCCGGCAGCAUUGACAAGAGCCUGUACGUGGCAGAGUUCCACUCUGCUGAUCCAGACGCUGAAGACAAGGAGAUGAGCGGCAAGCACUGUGAGCUUAGUGCAGCAUAAAUGGAGAACAGAUGGUGUCUGGCAUUAGUCACCCUACCCCCUGCUGCACACAGACAGCUUCGAGCUUCUCGCUGAAUAUUUCUUUUUCUACAGGAUGUGUUUAUCAGUUUUCAUUUUUUGGUCAUUGUUACAACAGUGGUCUGUUGGCUUUGGCACAGUUUACAACAUGUUUUCAAACGUCAUGACAUGCACACCACCUGCCACCUGUCAUUCAUUUUCAAAGUCGGAGGUCUUGUAGCUGUAUGCCACUGGUGGCUUCUUAUAUUCUCUUAUUUGACCAUUCCCCUCACAUUGUCAGGUUCAUUUUCUCCUGACUUACCUCUGAGCAGAUGACUCAAGUAAUCCAAACCAGAACAUGUUAGGAGGAUAUGGAGUCAUAAAUAAAAUAAACGACCAUCUCUACAGCUGUCUUGGGUAAAGCUGUCAUGGUGCUGUAUAGCCUAUAAUAAAGUACAAAUAUCAAUACAUUUUAGUACUUGAUUUGAAUUACCUGCAAAUUUGACUGACAGUCAUACAUAAAAGGCACUUGAAUUAUAUAUUUUGGUUGCAGACUCACAGAUGAGUGUUGAUUCGCUUCAGGUUACUUCUACAGCUUCUGAUAGGGCUGCGGUAUUUGCAGCUCAUUAAAACAAUCCCUAAAAUAAGGAGAGGAUGGCUGUAGAACCUGAUAUGAAGAGCCUGAAUCAACAGGCAAGCAUUUCAUUAAGGUACACCGACUUACUUAACAUUUAAUACUCAUUCUUAACACAUUAGAUAUGCUGAAGCUAGCCAUCUUGUUCAUCCUUUGGCUCUGCUGUUUCUCACCACCUUCCACUCGAACACUCAAGUGCCUUAAUCUAACUUCAGAUAUUUGUUUACGAUGACCAAAGCAAGAUUGAAAGCUUUGUUAACUUAGCAGCUUUCCUGAAAAGGUUACUUUGCAGUCAGUGUACGUUCCAUCUCUUCUUCCCUGAAGUCCUUUAAAUGCAGGUGGAUUAGGUGAGACUGCAUUUUCUGGAUUUCAGGAUGAGAAUGUGACUAUAUCUACCGUAGUUUUCUAGAGUCAGAACAGAACGGGAAAUGUUUUACACAAAGGGACCCUAAUCUUUAACACUGGAAGUGAUUUGUAACAGUCUUGGGAAUAGGGGUACAACAUAUUUUACUCUUAUAGCUGUUCCCUAGUCUGAAAAACAAUGGGUUUGUGAAGAUAGUAGGAAGAUAGUAGAAUUAGUCUCCUUGGCGAGAGUAGAGAGUUCUACUUGUGAAAGAUAAAAUAUUGAUUAAAUAUAGCGACCAUCCUAACAGAUGCUACAAGCUUGAACACUUCAGAAAUGUAGCAGAUGGCUGGCUUCAGUAUUUAGUCUAGCACCAGCAUAAGCAGAAUGGGGAAACUUGUGUUUAAACCCCUUUUUAAAGCUCCUCCAGUACUGAUCACGGUUUGUUUCCCCCUGCAGCUCUGGAGUUUAGUGACUCAAUUAUUUCAUUGUCAAUUAUUCUAUGGGUAUUGAACAGUGAAAUGGGUUGUGUGAUUUCAGAGUGUUUUCUAAUAUAUGAAUUAGUAAAUCUCACACACCAGCAGUGCACAACAGCAAGUGAUCGCUUUGGAACAACACUAAAAUUGGAAAGUGAAGGAGUAUUUACCCGGGCCACGCUUGUGCCUAGAUAAGACCAUGAUAAACAUGUUGAUUUGGCAUUUUAUUUCCCUAAUUUGGUUUGAGUAAUGCACUUGUUGUAUUGGUCGUGUUCGUAGUGGGAAGUUACAGAACUUGUGAAGUGGUAGGAAAAUGGCUAAGCCAAUGUUUCUUUUAUGCCAGUUGUGUCAAUGCCAGUGCCUAUCAAGGAAUAAAAUAAAGUCCUGCUGAUUCUCCA